AUGUCCGAUGUCAUCGUGGACACGGCGCCCAACGGAGCCAUCCAGCUUCUGAAAGAGGAGUGUUGGAAGUUGAACUUCUUGUAUCUAAAGGAUGAGACAUGCCAGGCCACUGAGCUCACUGAGCUGUAUGGACAUUCUGAGACCUCUUCAAAGGAAACUCUAAUUGAAGAGAAAAGUCCAAAGACCAAGUGCCCGGCCAGUGUCGCUGGGGCUGCUGACAUUCACAACACCAAUGAGGAGGCUUCAGAGGAGUCUCCUAAUAACGAUGUGGUGGACGUUCAGGAUGAGCUGCUGGCCCUGGUCAGUGUGGAGAAAGGGGCUGCUGGAGAUGGAAAGGUCCUCAGCAAGGUGGUGAAGCCCAAAGGGUGUCUGAAGGAGAGCUGCAAAGAUCAGCUAACCCCAACAAUCUAUGAUAUGAUUACGGAACUACCAAAGUCCUAUUUCGGAUCCACUGAGAGCCUUCCUGAGAUGUGUAGCAGAGGUCCAAAGGUGUGCAGUGGAGUGCCUGAGGUGUCAAAUGCAGUGGGAGAGGUGUCCAGUGACACAAAGACGACAGAAGCUGCUGACGACCUUCUGGACACUGGAAAUGUCCUGAGUAAGGCGGUGCAGCUAUCCACCCAGAGCCAUCCUGAGGUGUGCAAUGGAGAGGCUGAGCUGUGCAGCGGUCCUGAGGUGUGCAGUGGAGUGCCUGGGGUGAGCAGUGGAGGGCCUGGGGGUUGCAGUGGAGUGCCUAUGGUGUGCAGUGGAGUGCCUGAGGUGUCAAACGCAGUGGAAGAGGUGUCCAAUGACACAAAGACGACAGAGGCUGCUGAAGACCUUCUGGACACUGGAAAAGUCCUCAGCAAGGUGGUGAACCCCAAAGGGUGGAUGAAGCAGGACUGGGAAGAUCAGCUGACCAGAGACUUCAAUGAUAUGAUUGCAAAAGUCCCAAAGUCCUAUUUCGGAUCCACCGAGAGCCUUCCUGAGGUGUGCAGCAGAGGUCCUGAGGCGUCAAACGCAGUGGAAGAGGUGUGCAGUGACACAAUGAAGAUAGAGGCUACUGGAAAUCUUCUGAAAACUGGAAAUGGCCUAAGCAAGGUGGUGCUCCUAUCCACUGAGAGCCGUCCUGAGGUGUGCAUUAGAGUGCCUGAGGUGUUCUGUGGAGAUCCAGAGGUAUGCAGUGAAAUGCCUGAAGUGUACAGUGGAGAUUCUGAGGUGUGCAGGGAAUGUCCUGAGAUGUUCAGUGAGGUGCCUGAGGCACCAAACGCAGUGGAAGAGGUGUCCAGUGAUACAAAGACAGAGGCUGCUGAAGACCUUCGGGACACUGAAAAUGUCCUCAGCAAGGUGGUGAGAUCCAAAGGGUGGCUGAAGGAGGGCUGGGAAGAUCAGCUGACCAAAGACUUCAAUGAUAUGAUUGCAAGACUCCCAAAGUCCUAUUUUGCAUCCAACGAGAGCCUUCCUGAGGUGUGCAGCGGAGUGCCCGAGGUGUCGAACGCAGCGGAAGUGGUGCGCAGUGACACAAAGAAGCAGAAGAAAAAUGGCGUUCUACGAUUCUUCCGACGUGUGUGGAAGUUCUUCACAUGCACCAACAGCCUCCCCAAAGAGCAGUGACUCAAGCACACACAACUCUGGGCCACACUUUGCCUCGGUGACUGAAUUUCUCCACCAUCUCCCCCUU